UGGCUUUAUAAAUAUGCGCACGCGCAUUCCAGCCCGCAGUCCAUGCAGACGACGCGCACAGUGUACAAUGUACAUAGGGUUUAAUUAUUCUGUAUUAUCAAAAUAAGUUACCUAUAUAUAGUAACUUAUUUAACUUAAACGCAAGUAGGAUUAAAAUAGUGCGGAAUCAAAAAAAAUGGCAGGCCUGCACACUGUCGCAGCACUAGCGCUGGUCGUUGCCCUAACCGGUGGCGUGCGAUGCGACGCACCUGACGGUUACCUCGUAGACCGUGCGUCGGGCAUCGGCUACAAGCUGGUAUAUCAGGCGCAGAGCUGGCCAGUGGCGCGGGACCGCUGUGAGGAGGAAGGAGCCAAGCUGGCCGUUCCCAAGACAUUAGACGAAUUCCUGUUCUUGCAAAAGCUGGUCCGCGGUAUGAGCUACUCCGCAGUGUCGGGCAGCGAGUACAAGCUGAUAGUGUGGCUCGGGAUACACAACCUCGACGACUACAGGGUGUGGAAGAACGUAGAUGGUGAAAAGAUAGACGAGACUGGAUUCCACAAGUGGUCCCGUGGGAACGGAGAAGGCUUCAGCAACGCCCCUGAGGAGCCCCACUGUGCGGGCGUGGACGCCGUCAACUGGCUGCGGGACUUCUGGUGCCACAGGCGACAACCUUACAUCUGCCAAAUUAAAGUUAACACUACUUAGCCGUUA